AUUAGAAAUACAAGUAUUUUUAUUACAUAGUUCUAUUUAAGAAUGGAAAUGCUGAUACUGUGUACAGCAGUGGUAUCAUAGUUGGUACAACUGCUAGUCAAAACAAUGCCAACAGUGGGAUGAAAGGCUGUCAGAACCCUCAUUGUAAAAAUAACCUAAGAAGACAACGUUGUGGCUCCAAGACAUCCUGCAAUUCUGAGUUCGAAUUUUAUGCUGAAAGACAAGAUCAAGGCAAGGGGUUGAAGAGAAUGCUUGAUUCUGAUGUUGAGGUCGAUUUUAGAGAUGAGCUUGAAAGUAUCAUGGAAGUUUCUAAUUGGAGUGAGGAGUUAGUUAUUUGCCCAGAAACCCUAGCUGUAGAUGUAUCAACUGUGUUUGAAUCAGCUGUUGAAAGAUCUGUUAUUGAAAGAUCAGCCGGUGUAGCUGGAUCAGCUGUUGAAAGAUCAGCUGGUGUAGCUGGAUCAGCUGUUGAAAAAUCAGCUGUUGAAAGAUCAGCUGUAGAAAGAUCAGCUGUUGAAAGAUCAGCUGGUGUUGCUGCAGGUUCUGGGUGUACGUCUCGAUACUGUUUUGGAGAAACGUUGAAUAGUUAGAAAUAAGGAGGAUAAAACCUUUAAAAGUAAAAUUCAAAGCGUUGGAAAUGAAUUAUAUUUCAACUUCAAGUUGUUAAUAUUUCUAUUUAGAUUUUGAAUUUCAUCAGUAAGGGACUUAAUUUUUUGUUGAUUAUUCCCAAAAAACAUUCUGUAGGAUAAGAUUAAGGAUUGUAAUAAAUUCAGAAAAUAAAGUGAUAACAAGAAAACUCUGGAAUAGGAAGUUGAAUUUUAGACUCAAGUUAUGACUUUAAAUAGUCAAAUGAACAUGAAACACAUAAGUGUGCAGUGUAAACAACAAAAUUCACUUAAUACGUAAUAAAUUAUGUAUCCGGUAAAGCUAUUUGCUUUGUAACAGCAUCAGAUACACUUAAGUAUUGCUUUAAUGUCGUCUUCCUAUUCUACAAUCUUCUGGUUAGCACUGUAUCAGUACUUGUAAUAAACUUAGAAAAUAUAUGUACGUAACUUUAGUUUAA